AUGGGCACGCACGCAGCACCGAUCGACCUCUCGUACAUGGACGACGACAGUCUUCUCGACGAGUACGACGACGACGAGGCCAAGCCCGCGCCAAAAGGCCAUGCGUCCAAGCCAACCGACGCGAACGACCUCGACGACGACGACGACGCCGACGACGAUGAGAUGUGCUCGAUCUGCUUGGACGCGGUGACGCUCGAGGCGCAGGGCCACCUCCUCAAAUGCGUGCACUGCUUCCACUUUGAGUGCAUCUUCAGAUGGGCCAAGGUCACAAACCUCUGCCCCAUGUGCAAGACGCGCUUUACGAGCAUCGUGCAAAAGAACGUCCAUGGCGUCAUCACGAAGCGGACGCCGAUCAAGCACGCCAAGCAGGUGCACGACGACGACUCGAGCGCCGACCUCGCGCACGCGAGCAAUCUUCUCAACGAGUUUGCAUGCAUGCUCUGCGGCAACGGCGACAGCGAAGAGACGCUCUUGCUCUGCGACGCAGACAACUGCGAGGCCGCGUGCCACACGUUGUGCUUGGGCCUUCCCGGCGUCCCGGCCCAGAGCUGGUUCUGCCCCGAGCACGAGCACCGGCGGUCGUCGGCGCGCCGGCAGGCCACGACGCUCGCGUCAUUGCGCGCGUCGCGCAGCGGUCGCACCCGCCGAUCGGUGCCACUGCGCCGACGGACGCCGUUAGAAACCCGCCUCGGCGUGCGUCGUGGCCAGCGUGUGCCACUGCCGUUUGAGCGCGAAGUGUCGCAAUACUACUCAUCCGAGCCCGCGUACCACCCGCGGUCGGUCGCGUCGACCGAGAUGCGUCGCAUGCAGGAGGAGGCUGCGCGCAUCCUCGAGCGCACGCCUGCGACCGCGGCACUCAAGCGCAAGCGCGAGGCGGACGCCAUGUGGGCGGAGAGCGCGCGGGCGCGGCAGAUGAUGACGCUCACGCCGCAUGCGACGCCCGUUGUGCGCGAUUUGCCGCCAGCUGCGGCGGCCGCGCCGGCCCCAAGAGCGUCGUUCCGGUCCCAGUUUGUAGCGCUGCGCGACGCGAUGCGGCUGGCCGAGGCCAAAGACGCGUCGACGGCCGUCUACAAUGUACCCGCGGCCGCCAAACUGCGGCUCUUGCCGCAGGUCAAAUCGUUCUUUGAGGCGCUCAACCCCGCGCAGCAGCGCCAAGUGCUCGAGUGGCAGGUGCUUCCGAUGCUGAAGGCGUGGUUGUCGCCGUAUGGGCCGGGCCGACCGCAGCACCAGCUCGUCAUGGACGGGCUCCUCACGCUCCUGGCCAAGCUGCCCAUAUCCAAGGAGCAUCUCAAGCAGAGUGACGGACUCGGCCACUUGGUGCUACAGCUCACAAAAGACCCAGGCCCGUGCCAAGCGACGGCGCGCAUCGUCUUGGACAAAUGGAAGCAACUGGUGGCCAAGCCGGCCGCGGUAACGUCGACAGUCGCGCGCCGCCCGCCCCCGCCCAUGCUUGCGCUGCCCGUGAUCACGCCCAUGGUACCGUCCUCGACGACUAAAAAGUCGCCGUCCGCAGCGCUCAAGACGCUGCCGUACUGCGAUGUCAUCGUGCAGUUUGUCAAGCAGCUCGUGUACCCCCGGCUGCGCGACGGACGCUUGGCGCGCGAUCGGUUCACGGCGAUCGUCAAGGAAACCUCCAACGCGUUCGCGGCCGAAGUGCCGCACCUCUCGGCGCCCGUGGUAGACGCCGGCACCCUCACGCCUUUUGCCCAGCGCCGGCUCACGCAGCUCGUCGAGCGCGCCUUGCUCUGAAAGCAGCAGGACAGUAUGUAUCUAAUAUUGUCGCCACAGCAAGACCCGCUUCUCGUACUAAGUUAACGCCCACCUUGGAGAUGCGUGCCGUUUGUGUUCCCGCCGAAAGCGU